ACCACGCCGGGCUGCUGCCGGGCUGCUAGCUGGGGAGCGUUUGCUGACCCUUCCUAGCCCAGCGGCCCCGGUCCGGACAACCAGGCAUGAAGAUCACGAGGCAGAAACACGCCAAGAAGCAUCUGAGCUUCUUCCGCAACAAUUUCGGGGUUCGGGAGCCGUACCAGAUUCUCCUGGAUGGCACCUUCUGUCAGGCGGCGCUGCGGGGCCGCAUCCAGCUGCGGGAGCAGCUGCCCCGCUACCUCAUGGGGCAGACGCAGCUGUGCACCACCAGGUGUGUGUUAAAAGAGUUAGAAACAUUGGGGAAAGAAUUAUAUGGGGCAAAACUGAUUGCACAAAAAUGCCAGGUGAGAAAUUGUCCACAUUUCAAGAAUGCAGUCAGUGGCUCCGAAUGUCUACUCUCCAUGGUUGCAGAGGGAAAUCCUCAUCAUUAUUUUAUGGCAACACAGGAUCAGAAUUUGUCCAUGAAAGUAAAGAAAAAGCCCGGCAUUCCUCUCAUGUUUAUUAUUCAGAACACUAUAGUCUUAGACAAACCUUCUCCCAAGACAAUUUCCUUUGUUAAAGCAGUAGAAUCAGGUCAGCUAGUCUCUGUGCAUGAGAAACAAAGUAUCAAGCAACUCAAGGAGGAACAGGGGUUGGUGAAAAACCCUGAACAGAGAAGAAGAAAAAAGCACAAAAAAGUAAGUGGCCCCAAUCCUCUUAGCUGUUUGAAGAAAAAGAAAAAAGUUCAGGAUACAAAAUCACCAGCCUCUGAAAAGAAAAGAAAAAGAAACAGAAUCCGGAACAGACCUACUGCAGGACUACUUUCUGAAAAAAAAAAUGCAGAAGGAUAAUGAAUCCUCUGGAUUCUUUUAAAGACAUUCAAAUAUGAAAAAUAAAUUUCCUUUAAAAACUGAUGGAGUACCUACAAUAAAAGACCUUAUUUUUCUA